AUGUCUCAAAAAUCAAUUUCUGAUAUUUUUCCUCCGCGGAAACGUCCGCGACCAGAGGACGACGAAGAAGUUUCUGAGGUCGAUAAUCCCGGACCGCAAAAGGAAUGGCGACCGAUCAGAGAUCAGGCUGAGUCGCUAAGAGAGGAAUUUCAGAGAGAUCCUGCUUUUCUCGGGAUGGCUGGUUUCGAGGGAGAAUACGUAAUUGCCAGCUCGCAAUUCACUGGAAAUAUUCGCUGUACUGCAGAGAACUGUCCGAAUCGAUCUUCUUUCCGUGGCAUCGCAAAAGGGAAGCCCAAAAAAGACCGAAUGAGAGAUCAUCUCAAAGCGCAUCAUCUGAGAUCAACUCGUCCUCAAACUCAGCCGAGCAUCAACCCAAUCGUCAACUUGCGCAACAAGAACCCUUUCAAACCGACAGCAAAGCAAAAAGAAGCAGUUGCAGACUGUGAAGCGAAGGCACUUGCGUCUCUCCAUCUUCCACAAGGAUUUUUCGGAAGCCAGCAUAUCCGUGAGCGCGAUCGUCUUCUCCUGACAAUUAGCAACUGCGAUCCCAAUCAACUCGAGCUUCUUGGCGGAAAAAACAAGAAAUCAAUGAAGACAAACCUAAACAACAGCUCGCUCAAAGUGAAAAAUGCGAUCAUUGAAGCAGUGGAGCUCUUCGAUUUGCCUAGCAGCUACGGAGACUCCAUCAACACUUUCAUCGAAAAUAUGAGGAAGCCAAAAGAAAGACCAGAUCAAGACAAGCCGAAGAAAUGGAAUCAUUUUCUUGAAGAGAGAGGCGACAAUCCUGAAGAAAAAGACAAGAUUCAGAUCUAUAGAUUAAAGCAUCCAAGCUCCACUGAGACUGAUGAAUCGAUCAAGAAAAAACUGGAAACAGAAAAAGUCAGCUACACGAAAAUAAAAUCCCAAUACAGAGGCAUCCGGUUCAGCAACAAUUAUGACAAAUUUGGGACUGUUCUCCAGUACGAACACUUGAUUCGCUCGAUUCAACACGGAAGCCUGAAAGAGUUCUCUUAUCUACUGGAGAAUGUUGAUGUUCCAAACUUCGCAUUUCUGAACGCAAUCAUGUUCAUUUACCGACAUCUUCAUCCACUAUUGCGUGCAUCAGAAGAAAAAAUCAGCUCGGCUGCCGAGACUGUCCAGAUACUCGCAUCCGUUUGUUCCUUUGCUGCUUCUGUUGAGAAAGAAUUGACGAUCAAGUUCGGCAAGGACUCCUCCGUGACUUCCAUUGGGGCGAAGCUGGCGAAAGGGCUCUAUUACAAGGCGUCUCAAAUGCUGUUUGAAGGAUGCUGGCUAGAAAAACGCAUAAAGAAAAACGGAAUUGAUGAUGGACCCGGAAUCUGGAAAGGUCAAGAGCCGAAACGGGUUUGGCCUAUUCACCACGCGCUACUUGUGCUCAACUUCUUCAAAAGAAAUUGUAAAAUCGUCAAGCUGGAAGAUGCACUCAGCGAGGCUGCCAAGACCGACGAGUUCUAUCGGGAAAAUUUAAAUUACGUACAGCAGCAAACGAAAAAAUGGGCUCAAUCCGGAAUGGAGUAUCUAUCGGCACUUUCGAAAGUUCUGAACGAAAGCAGUAUCGCAGAACCAGAGCUUGAAGAAGAAAUAAACUUGGAAGAGCUCAAUAUCGCUGGCAAUCGAAUUGACCCGGAGUUGCUUCAAGAGAGCGAAGUUCGCGAGCCGCCUCCACCGAAAAAUGAUUUCGAGCUCGAAGUUGAAGCCUACAAAAAGUUGAACCUCCUUCAACUUGUCGCCUGGCAGAAGAAAAUUGAGAAGAAAAACCCUCGAACAAACUGCGAGAGUUUCUUUCUCCGCGAAUUCUGGACUUCCGAAUUCACAAAAAUCUACCUCUUCUCAAAAAAUGCGCGUCGACUCUCCUUAAUUGCCCAUCGAGCUCUUCUUCCAUCGAACGAGUCUUUGCAGAGGCAACUGCCGACUUGGGAAAGAAUAAACCACGACUCAAGGCCCAAACAAUUGAGCUCUACCGACAGCGAACCACGGCCGACCAGUUCCUCCAGCUCCUCCGAACAGUCUGCUUCAAGAACGAUAUCCCUUACACUUUUUAGCACUGUUCCUUGA